GACUGGUCCCACAUAGCUAAGGACAGCUGGAACCCAUCAACCCUUGGUUACGGGAAGAUUCCUAGCCUGGACACGUGAAGAACCGUGAGGAGAACCUAUCUGAAGUCCCAGAGCUGGUGCUGAGGAACGGACGCAGUCAUGGCAUCCGCGCUGCCAAGCACAGUGGACAACAUAACUACCGUCAUCACUAACGAAGUGAGCAGAGAUGACCUGAAGCUGUUGAUAACUGAAGAGGGAGCCUGGAAGGCGUUUGUGGAGGAGGCAGCAGAGUUGUCAAGCGAGGAGGAAGCUGACCUGCGUGAUGCACUGGAGAAGCAUUUAGCACAGGAACCCACAGAUGAAAAUGAUGAAUCAGAAAAGAAGAAGCAGAAAGAGAAUUUUCAGAAAGAAUUUCCUGAGUUGAAAAGGAAACUUGAAGAAAACAUCAGGAAGCUCCGAGCUCUGGCUGACCAUAUUGACGAGGUGCACAGGGGCUGCACCAUCUCCAAUGUGGUGUCCGGCUCUACCAGCAUCGCUGCUACAAUCGCUGGAUUAGUUUUGGCACCCUUCACAGGAGGGGCCUCUCUGAUGAUCGCAGCAGCAGGUCUAGGAGGAGCAGCAGCUGCAACUGGUGUCACCACUACCAUUGUGGAAGAAUCCAUCAAAGGCGUAGAUGAAAGUGAAGCCAGGCACCUGGUUGGAGCCAGCAUGGAAAUACUGAAGAGAAUUUUUGAAACCAUGCCUUUGAUCAUAUUCAAAGUUCGUGGUAACUGUAUAAAAUUAUUCUGUGCCUGGAAAAUCGUCAGAAAAUAUAUGCGAGUCAUCAAGACAGCCGGAACCAGUACUAGGGAGCUCUCGAGGACCGCCAAUCUAUACCGUGUUUUCUCAAUGACCAGAGCAGCCAAGAUCAUGAGAGGAGUUGGUGCUGGUUUAAUGUUAGGAUUUGAUGUGUAUAACCUUGUGACUGACUCAAUGGAUUUGCACAGUGGGGCACAAACAGAGUUAGCAGGAGAGAUACGGGAUAUGGCUAACAAUCUAGAAGAGAAGUUGCGCGAAUUUGAGCAGCUGUACAAAGAUCUGCAGUCAGACCAGCCUCAGUGAUCCCUCCACCAAGCAUUUAAGAGUUUCAGGGGAAAUGACAUGUACAGGGGUGGGGACCGGGGUGGAGAUCAUACAAUUGCAAGGGAAAUAGCACAUGAUCAAGUCUAUGGAACUGAGUGUUGAGCAGUUUCUAUUUCUUGCUGAGCAGAGCAAAGUCAAUGUAGAUAGCCAGUGCUUUAAGAAGGCGGGAACUGAAGUCUAAAAUAAGGGACCAGAAUGGCCUAGAGGAUGGGACUAGGACUGCAAUGCAGAGGGUCUGAUAUGGAGAGCAGAACAGGAACAAGCUAUGAGAACCUAGGAAUCCUGGAGAGCUGAAGAUGGGAGAAAGCCAGAGUGGGAGUUGAAAUCGUAGCAGAGGACCACAUCCCGUUCCCUGAGACCAGGGUCCUUAUGAUCUCUAGGUGAUUCUUCCCAGCAUCAGCAGGAUCAACUCACCCUUGUGACUUCUAGUAAGUGACCCCUAGAUAGUGAUAGUGGUAGUGAUGAUGGUGGGGAAGAAGAUGCUGAGGAUGGUGGUGGUGACAGAAGAAAAGAUGGAGUUCUUGAGAAGUACUCAGCCCUCCAGGGGGUCAGGGUCACCUGAGAUAAAUGACAUCAAAGUGAAUGUCUGUGUGCUGUGAUGUGUCAUUGCUGGGUUUUAGGGGAGAAAAUCAAGGCAGAUUUACAGAAGAUGUCAAACAAAGUAUUGUUUGAGGUCAACAUGUUUGUGACAGGAGACUCAGUCUGUGAUCCUCAGCUUCCUCUCAUAGUGUGGGGAAGUGUGAUGGUCAAGACAGUGUCUAGAUAACCUGGAUUUUGUCCUCUUGUCUUCUAUAGAUUUGUGUUCAAUAAACAUUAACUGAGUGGUCUAGAAAAGUGAAGUAUAUAGCAGUCAAUUACAGCAGAAGAAGGUGGCAUGGGGACAAAGACAAGAUGGUCAGGAUAAAUCAGACUGAUCUGAGAUAGAAAGAUGUUGCAGAAGCUCCUUCCGCUCCUUCGGCCAAUAGUCGCUGAGAUACCAGCCCAUUGGGUCGUGGUCUAGCUCUCUUUAAAAAAGCAGCCACUUCCCUCCACUCUCUCUCUGGCCUCCAGCUCCGCUUCCGGCU